AAACUCCAUGGGGCCAUUUGCCCGAUGCUCCACCUAUGCAAUUUUCUGCCCAACUCAUUCAUUUGUUGCUAUUACGCCUUGUGCGUGACCAGCCGGAAGAUGAGUUAUGGUUUGCAGUGGAUGGCAAGUUGCUGAAGUUCACAUACCAGGACUUCAAGAGGAUUACUGGCAUACAUGAUCCGAUGGAGUGGCCUACGUAUGAUCUUGAUGAAGAACGGUUGGGGGUGGUAGAUAAAUAUUUUGGGGACUGCGAUCAUGUAUCCUAUAUCAAGUUGAAGGAGAAACUUGAAGAACUGAGCACUACUCGGAAGGAUGAGAAUGAGGAUGUUAUGGAUCGCGUGAAGUUAGGUUCUCUGUUUUUGGUUCAUUGCUGCCUUCUUGCUCGAGACUACCCAACACUGAUACAUCCCGAUUACUUACGUUUAGUGGAUGACUUCGAGCUGUUUAAGUCUUGCCCAUGGUCCUUCCAGUCGUACAAAGAGACGGUGAAGAGUUUAAAGAAGACUAUGAAAGGGCAACCCCAAAAGUUUCAAGCGAGCAAAAAUGCAAAUCCGAGAUUUCGCAACGCAAAGUUCACCUUGUACGGGUUCCCGUUUGCUUUACAGGUUUGGGCAUAUGAGGAACUUCCUGUCCUUGCACAAAAGUUUGCCACACCUGUUGUUCCUACAAAACAAAUUCCUAUGCUCAAGUGGACUGCGGAUGGGUUUUACCAUGCCCACAAUCUACAAAAAAUUGUCUUUAAAGACAUUGUUGAGGAGGAGGAGAAUGAGGGAGAUGUUGAGGAAAGCACUGACGAUGUUCCAAAUAAUGAACUGACUUUAUUGCGUGCACGAAUUGAAGAACUUGAAAGGAGGCUCAAAGCAACUGAAAAAAAUGUUGCUGAAAUUAAAGACUUGGAAGACACUGAAGAUGAAGAAGACGAUUCUGAUGAAAGCUAUGUCGAAUCCGAUGAGGAAUCUGAGGAAUCUGAUGAGGUAGAGGAAUCCGAUGAGGCUGAUACUGAGGAAUCCGAUGAGGAAUCCGAUGAGCCUGAUAAUACAGAUGAGACUGAGCAACAAGAGGUGAGGAGUGAAGACAUGGAAGUGCCUGGUGUUGUAGAUAUUGGUGAUGA